AUGGCAGAACUUAGUUAUCACAUGAUGAGGUCGGCUAAUCAGGCUAGAGAAGCUGAGGAGCAACGUACAACGGCAAGAAAAAAGAACUUGCUUAUUUUAGUAAUGCACUAUUUGAGUGAAGAGGGGUACGUUGAAUCAGCACUGUCCCUUUCAAAGGAAACUAAUUUGGAUUUUCAUAAGUAUGAAGUGUGUGAUAAUGUGGACUUGGAAACAGUUUUACUAGAAUAUGAAAGUUACUACUUUGUUAAGUUCCAGAAGUAUCCAAGGAUUACUAAGAAGAUAUCAGAUAAAAUGCCGAAGGCUGAGAGGGUGCGACAUGCAGAUGGCUCGGCGAAGACAAGAAAACGACCUUCUCUUCCACAUUUAAACACUCGACAGAACUCUGUGCAUGAUACAGGGCCGAAUUAUCAGCAAAAUCUCCCGAAUAUUGACGAAAAUAUAAAUGCAAACAAAAAUCGAUCAUUCAAUGGAUUAACUGUACAAGGGAAACAAGAUCCUUUUGUACAAACAUCAGGGCGUACAAUCAAAAGUGGUAUUCCACUGAAUUUAUCGCAUACUUCGUCCAUAACCUUAUCAAAUCAAAUAGAAUCGAAUCAGAAUGGUUGUAUAUCUUCUUUAAACAAACAAAACUUUCCACGUCAAUUUAUUGACUAUAGAUCAAUGUUAAGUCAAGAAACACGAUUACCUUUAGAAGAAAACCAAGUUAUCGAAGAUCCACAGGAACGUUUAUUAAAGCCUUUAGGAAGUUAUUUAGGCUAUACAGGAGAAUGGAGAAGUUUGGCUUUAACAAUUUCACGUGACAUAUUUCUUCAAAAUCCAAAUGUUCGAUGGGAUGAUAUCAUUGGUUUAAGUUCUGCAAAAAGACUCGUGAAAGAAGCAGUUGUAUAUCCAAUCAAAUAUCCUCAAUUAUUUGCUGGAAUAUUAUCACCUUGGAAAGGAUUACUACUCUAUGGACCACCAGGUACAGGAAAAACUCUGUUAGCCAAAGCUGUUGCUACGGAAUGCAAAACAACAUUUUUCAAUAUUUCUGCAUCAACUAUUGUUAGUAAAUGGAGAGGUGAUUCAGAAAAAUUAGUCCGUGUUCUAUUUGAAUUAGCAAGAUUUCAUGCACCUUCAACAAUAUUCCUGGAUGAAUUAGAUUCUUUAAUGUCUCAAAGAGGUUCAAUAUCUGGAUGUAACACUUCAAACGGUGGUGGUUCAAAUAUAUCCAUUGGUAGUGAGCAUGAAGGAUCACGUAGAAUGAAAACAGAAUUAUUAAUGCAAAUGGAUGGUUUGGCGAAAUCUGAUGAUUUAGUAUUUUUGUUAGCUGCAUCAAAUCUACCCUGGGAGUUAGACCAUGCAAUGCUUCGUCGGUUAGAGAAACGAAUUCUAGUCGAUUUGCCAAAUAAAGAAGCAAGAAUACGUAUGUUUGAAACAUUUUUACCACCAGUUAUUGGACAAGGAACAUCAGGUGGACUACAGCUAAAAUGUUAUUUAGAUUAUGAUAUAGCCGCAGAGUUAACAGAAGGUUAUUCUGGUUCAGAUAUACGAUUAGUUUGUAAAGAGGCAGCAAUGAGAGUUGUAAGAAAAAUAUUUGACAUUUUAGAGAAUUGCUCCAAUGAAAAUCUUCCUCAAACACACAUAAAUCUUGAUCCAAUUACAACUGAAGAUGUCAAAGAAGCUAUAGCAUCAACAAUGCCAUCAGCUAGACAACUUGCUGAAAAGUAUUUAGAAUGGCAACAACAAUUCGGUUCAUCUUAA